AUGUCGCAGAUUGAGCAGUUGCCUAUGGAACUCCUCCUGGCCAUCUCUGACCACCUGAAUCCUCUAUCAGUGGCCAGUCUCGGCCAAACCUCCCGGAGGCUCAACGGUAAGUUGCAACGUCCCCUGGCCAGAGCUGCCAAGCAGCAUGCCCUCCCUGAUGAAGCUGAGUACAAACAGCGGAUCAGAUUCCAAGAGGAUGGGAAGGGUAUUCUUACUCGCAAACGGACGCGCGAAGUUCCUUCCCAGCCGCUCGUCCAAGCCAUCAAACGUCGUCAACUCAACAAGGUAAGAAACUAUCUAGAAGCAGGUGUCGACCCGAACGCAUAUGACUUGGACGGAUGUCGCAUGCUCUCACUGGCAGUUCGCGCCAAUGACGAGCCAAUCGUGGACCUUCUGCUCGAGCACGGUGCUAACCCUGCUUUGAACGACGUGUGCGCGCCAUAUACCUCGCCUGUUUGUGACGCAACAAAAAUGGGCGAUGAGAUGGUCAAGAAGCUGAUCAGCAUUGGAGCCGACUAUACUCAGGUAACGGUCAUACACGCCCUCGCUGGUCGUUGCAAUCUGGACGUUAUCAAACUCGCCAUUGACAAAGGCGCAGACUUUAGACAAACUACGGUGAUCCACCACGCUGCGAAAAAUACUGACCACCCAGAUGUCCUUCAAUUCCUCGUUGGAAGGUACCCUGAGCUGCUUUCCUCCCAGUCUUCCAGCACAUUUCUCUGGUCAGCCAUCUAUAACGGCAGCCCUGAACUCGUCAGAAUUCUCAUCAUAGCCGGUGUUGACAUCGCAGGCGACAUCACCGCCCACGCUAGCCUUGCAAGUCGUUGCAGUCUAGACAUCGUCAAAGCCGCCAUUGACAAAGGUGCAGACUUUAGUCAAAUCAACCCUGAUGGCAGAACCAUGAUCCAUUAUGCUGCGACGAAUACCGACCACCCAGAUGUCCUUGAAUUCCUCGCUGGAAAAUACCCUGAGCUGCUUUCCUCCCAGUCGACAAGCGGCAAGACAGCUCUCUGGUCUGCCCUCCACGAAGGCAGUGCCGAACUCGCAAAAAUCCUCAUCACAGCCGGUAUUGACAUCAACAUUAGGGACCACGCCGGCAGAACCGUCCUCCACGCCGCCCUCGAAUUCAGUCAUCGGGCAGUUCACCAAUUAAUGGAAUACGUUGGCCGCGAAAUCGUGGAAAGAAGUCUGUCAAUCGCCACCGCGCUGCUCGAGCAUGGGAUCCAGGUCGGUAUCCCCGAUCAACGGGGCCUUACGGAGCUGCACCAUGCGGUGCGCCAGAACGACCACUACUGGUUGCGCAAGCGCAUGCCGGGCGUCGUCCGUCUGCUGCUCUCCAGGAGUACAGUCGAUGUCAACGCGCUGGGUCCUGGAGGCUUGACUCCUCUGCAUCUUGCGGCCAAAGCCGGCUGGCUGAAGGUCGUGAGAAUUCUCGUCGAGCAGGGCAAUGCGGACGUCACCGAGACGGACAAUGGUGGUAGGGCGCCUGCGCAUCUUGCACUGGAUUCGCCCGCUGUCUUGAAAUAUCUCUUGCGGAAGGCAGCUAACAGAUCCUCUCUCAUCUAG